GAACGAAGAAGAAUACUAAUAGAAAAAGUUGUAAUUUGAUUUAUGUAUGUUCAAUCUGAAUAAGAAUUUGUGACGUGGACACGGUGGUCGCACACUUCGCCACCACGCGAACAGAAGCAGCCGACGACGCGACACACGAGCCAAUCGGGCACCCUUCUGAGCGCGUGCAACGCGGCGCGCAGCAGCUGAAGAAGAAGAAGAAGAAGAAGAAGAAGAAGAAGAAGAAGAAGAAGACGAAGACGAUGACGAAGUGGCGGUGGAGGGCGAGGGAGGCUGCGCUCCUAUAUGUAGCCCCGAAUCUUAGCCGGAGCAACUAUUACGCCCGAGAACCUCGAGGCGUAUGCACCCCUGUGUUCUGCAACAGGUACAGGGCACGGUCGCUUUCAGAGAGCCUUUCCAUUUUUAUGUUUUCUUUUUUUUAUUUUUUCGAAAACCGCGCCGCGUCGAGUUCGGUAACGUUUUCCUGUCUGCCCUAUCAGUGACCGCGUGUGAUAGUGGACGUAGAACCGAAAGAUUCGAGGUAUGAUUUGUGUGAUUCGUGGAAGGGGUUAAAGAGAAAAGGAAUACGAAACGGGGGAAAAUGCCGAGAGCUUUCCUGAUCACCCAUCGUCGAUACAACGGUGUCGAGGAGGAGUUCGACGGGUCCGGAAGAGAUUUCAGUCCCGAACGAGGGGUGAGACUGGCCGAUUACAGCGGGAACCACCCAACAUCCGACGGGGCGAGCGAAUGCGGUAGCGAGACAUCGUCCGAGUGUCCAGAGGAAUUGUACAAUCUCACGAAACUGGCGGAGGUGAGCCUGGCCGCAGCUGCUGGCACGCUGAUCCAUCCCAGCAACGUGAUUUACCAGCAACCAGUAUCGCCCAGGUGCGCUCAAUUUUCGGAAAAGUGCAGCAGGAUCGUAUCGCCGCGAUCAAAGAGGCAGGAACAGUUCCAAGAUCACCAGAGGACCCUGGAGGACGAAACGCUCGGGGAGAGGACGAGGCUAUUCUUCGAGAGGAUUGAAAGCGAACGAGAGAUUCUACAGAGUCACACGGAGAGGAACACCGUUCUAGGCAUCCACGUGUCCUCCUCACCGCGUUCUCAUCGCUUACAGGAGGAACGGAGCCUAGAUGUAUCCGACAACUCGUUGGACAAAACCGAGUUGGAGCCGGCACCGUCGAUACCCUCGACGAUACCCCGAAGAACGACCUCGACCUCGACGGAAACGUCGAAAUCCGAGGACAACGAGGACCACGAAUGUCCCGAUUGCGGGAAAAAGUACUCGACCUCGUCGAACUUGGCUAGACACAGGCAAACCCACCGAUCCCUGGGGGACAAGAAGGCCAGAAGGUGCCCACAUUGCGACAAAGUCUAUGUCAGCAUGCCAGCGUUCAGCAUGCACGUCAGGACGCAUAAUCAAGGGUGUAAAUGCCAUUACUGCGGCAAGUGCUUCUCGAGGCCGUGGCUGCUGCAAGGUCACAUACGCACUCAUACAGGGGAAAAACCGUUCAAGUGCACAAUCUGCAACAAAGCGUUCGCCGACAAGUCCAACUUGCGCGCUCACAUACAAACGCACUCAAACACCAAGCCGCACGUGUGCGGUCGUUGCGGUAAAGCUUUCGCCCUGAAGUCUUAUCUUUACAAACACGAAGAGUCGUCCUGCAUGCGAGCCCACCAUCGAUCGUCCACGGAGAAAACGGACGGAAACGAUCAAAAAACGACGUCGUCGUCGUCGACGAAAUUCAGCGCGCCGAUCUCGUCGUCCUUCAACCGACUCCAAACGACGCCAUGCAUCACGGCGUCUCCUACUAGCGUCAUAGUUCCUCGACUAGGUCUGAAUCGCGACCAAAGAAACUCGUCUUCGGCGUUCUCCGCGAUCAUCAGGCACACCAGAGUACCGGAUGCGUCGCCAGUAUCUCCGCUAUCGAAACGUUCCUGCAGAGAUAAGAACCCAGUCGAGGAACUCGAGAGGAAAUCACACGACAAUAUAACGAAGGACCCAGAGUGCGUGUCCAGGAUGGUCAUCAGGACAUCCGUUAUAUCCCCGAAUCCAGAACAUCUUAGUCGUUUCAACAACGACAAUCAAAACUCGAACGGUUUCGAUUUUUCCGAUCCGACGAGGUCCUCCGCGUUUUCGAGGCCGACUACGAUGACCCUGAAUUUGGCGAUUGCAUAGAAUUCGAAUCUUACUUUGGAUUUCAAAUGAUGCAUGUUAAACUCGUUUUUCGUCGAGGACCAACUUGCGCGUAUAGACGAAAAAGGGUAUCCGUUUAAAUUGAUAAUGUCGUGCCAAAUACCUCCGUCGAGUAACGGCAACAUUAUUAUCGAAUGUAGAAAAAACAUAGUCACUUCCGUAGCACACCAAAGACUACCUUAUUCCUACGGAUUUUUUAAAAGCUCAGAGGAAUUUAUUAUCCAUACCCGAAGGCGUGAAGCUAAAUCAUCGUUUCGUAGAGGUACCGAGACGUUAUUAUUUGCUACCAACUAGUGUCAUUCCUAUCGAUAUCGAGAUAAGUCCGUUAAGUUUUAAAGGAAAACGUUUGAAAUUGUAAUGGCGCCUUUACAGCGAUCAGCACCCACUUUUAUAGACGAACGUAGAGUCGAUUUUGACGACGAGUUCGAUAACACGACAAACAAACACGAUCGAUAGAGAUCACGGGACAAAUAUUAUUCCAUACACCUUCCUAAUUAGGGACCAUAUAGCACAUAGUCAUUAGUAAUGGUAAAAUCGUGGAUCAUCAAUUCCUAGUAUCGUGCCUUAAACAUUGUUCGUAUGUAGCUACGUUUCAUUUAUUUUUAAAGACACAUCGCCGUCGUAUUAAGGAACGAAAGUAAUUUAUUAAUUUGGAGUGAAAUGCAGUGCCUAUAUAUGCGUACUUAGUAUUAAUCGCGUUGAUCGAAAUCAAUGUCCUCCAAGCUCUUCCAGGCAGCUAUAAAUUCCUUGACGCUUCAAACUAACGUACACCUAAUCGUACAUUGUCGACGAAUAUCGAUCGGAUCAUAGAUUAGAAUGAAAACUAUUUUUACUCGUUUUUCUUUUUUUUUUUUUUUUUUACACAAGAAGUCACGCCUUUAGAAACUUACAUUAGGAUACGACAGUUUAAACUAAAGUAACACAUUUCCGCGGUUAGAUUAAGUAUGGCAGUUAGAUUCACGUUUGAAGGAAGUUGGUGUAUUUUAACCGCGUCUUUUUAAGAUUCGAAUAAGAGUACUGAAUAGCUGACUAAGAUUUCCGUGAAACCGGUAGAUAGGGAUAAAUUUCGGGUGCCGUCAUAUUUGCUGCAAACGUAUGUCUAAGAAAGUAGUUUUACUCUGUAAUGCAUUAAACGCGUUUUUAAAUGCGAAAACGCGUAUCGUCUGUGAUUCGAAAUUGCGUAAACAGAAUUCGGCUGCCGUACGCAGUUUCGUAGCCCCUCUGUUGAGCGGCAUCGUAGAAUAUUUAAGAAUUUCUUCUUUUCGAUCCGCUACCAGCCGUUGGUAACGAUCAGAGUGUAAACUAGUCCAAUCCGUUUUGCUAUUCCAAGCGCAACUUAUCGAAUAUUUCUCAAAAAUGUGCAUACCAAACUCCUUUGCGUUAUACUUUCCAUUAAUCAAUUUCCCAAUUUUCUUUUUUCUAUUCGAGAUUGUUACACAUGAGCUUUUAAAACGAUACGGUUGCGCAGAAAUUCGAAUAGCGGCGGUUAUAAUAAAGAUUUCACCGUAGAUUAUGAAUUUUGUUCACAGUAAAAUCGUACAUUAGAGAAUUGUGUUUGCAUUAACCUGGAGCAAGAGCGUGCGCAAGAACGCGUGUCCUAGUCACCGAUCUACCGCGAAGAUCGAGCAUAGGAAGCAUAGAUCGAGUUGUAAUAUUACGUUGUAUAGCCGUGUGAGUCACAGAUUGUAAAUAGCAUUCCCUACAUUAUAUAUUAGUAUUUAGAGUGACUCGCAACGUUAGCCCUUUUCAUUAGCGCAGUUUAAUGUAUCGUUGUUUUACGUAUGUAACGUGCCAUUUGUACACCCGAGUGCCUAAGCAAACAUUUUACCAAUUUUUCUACGAAUUGUAAAAGUCUUGUCUAUUACAACGAGAAAAUAUAUACAUAUCGCUACAUAAA